UACUUACUUACUUACUUACUUACUUACUCAUAUAUUAGAUGUUCACUUACUCUUGUUUGUGUUGGCGUCAGACUUUACUAGCAUAGUAAAGUUACCUUGAGGAUCUCGUGUAAGACGGAAUUGCACAACUUUGUAUGUGAUUAUGGUUGAUGUUAUUGAAGAAAUAUUUUUUUUUUUUUUAAUAAUAAUGUUAUGGGCAAAAUAAUAAAUAAUAAAUAAAUAAAUUAACAGAAUGGUAUUAAAUAAUCAAUGAUAAAUUCCACCGCUAUGUUAAUUUAUUAUUGUGCACUUGCUAAUUACUGUUUACUUUUUUUUAUAUACUUUGAUAAUAGCAUGUAUGUAUAAUUACUAUUACACAUGAGUAGAGUGCGUACGUGAGCUUAUAAACACAGAAGAAGUUAUGUAACAGCAAUGUAUAUCAAAGGAUACAGCCCAGCCUUAAAAAAUAGAAGUUGCCUACUAGUGACACCUACUUAAAAUUUCGUGACAUUGCCCAAAUUGUUGUAAGAUGGAAUUUCCAAUUAUUCUUCUUGGAAGCCGCAGCAGCUGAAUGUCGCAGUCUUGAAAAAAUUUCAUAACCUCUCUAUUGUUAAUUAAUUGACCAAGAGUUUAUUAAUUAAUUAAUUAAUUGAAUAAAGUCAGUGCAUUGUAAUUUUUUAAAAUAUAUACGAUGAGUGAAAUCGAAAUGAAUAAUUCUGACGGCGAGUCACCGCUGAAGAAGAAAAAAGUUCAUCAAGAUUCUGAUACCGACAAUUACAAACAUUUAAAUGUUUAUUCAGUUAGUCGACACUCACAAUCGCGUUACCUUGGCUAUAAAUUAUAUUUUGAUUCAGAAGAUGUUGAUUUCGACUUCCCGUCUUUGUUGGCUAAAAAAAUCGAAGCUUCAAUAAAUUUCAUGCAUAGAAAUUCAGAUAUAUAUGAUAGAAAUUUAACAAAUCAGUCGGGAUUAUUUAGUGUAAGCGUCCAUCGUUUUUACGAAGACGAAAACUUCAUCAGCGAGUGGGUGGAUUUUAAACAGGACUUGGAAAAUUAUCCUGAGGAGACAUUAAAUUGUUUAGGAUUAGCUCUGUAUCAAUGCGUAGCACAGCAGGAACUCAGUAAUGACACAAUUACUUCUAUAAGUUUACCAAAAUUAAAACUAAAAGUGUUCGACUACAAACCGACUUCACCUUUUGACGGUCUAGGAGCUGGAUCAUGUGGAAAAUUAAUUGAAAUAAGUGGUCGGGUCGUGGAAAUGAAGGAUUCCUCGUACCAAAUUGAAUGGCUCCUGUUUUUAUGCAGCCGCUGUUUUAGAUUCGAAACCGUAAAACAGCCAGAUGGGGUCCGAGCAUCUCCGAAGAGAUGUAGGAAUUGCGGGAAGCGUAAAUUUAAGCCACAGAAAGACUCUCUCUACACUAAAUCAUCAGCUCUACGGGAUAUUAGGUUGCGAUAUUUGGAUCCAAUUGACGACAACUGUCAUAGGACACUCAAAAUUAAAUUAUUGGGUGAUUUAGUUGAUUCUUGUUCACUUAAUGAUGAUGUUACAAUUGUGGGAAUAAUAAAAACCUCUUCCGCAAAAGCUAAAAGAGAUAUUGCUGCUGCAGAAUCACUUUAUCUGGAGGCGGUAUCAGUUAUCAAAAACCCGGAGAGUGAUCAGCUCGCGGUGACAAUUUUGAAUGAUGACGAUUAUGAAGAAAUUGAAAGAAUUCGGGCAGAGCCUGACAUAUUUUUAAAACUAGUUAGAUCAUUCUGCCCGUCAAUUUAUGGAGACGAAAUGGCAAAAGCUGGAUUACUGCUGAGUUUAUUUGGCGGGAGUUCAAAUAAUGAAUUGAAAGAUAAUAUCAAUGUGUUAAUUGUCGGUGAUUCGGGUGUUGGUAAAUCAGAGCUGGUUAAAAUGUGCGCAGAACUGGCUCCCAAAAGUGUUUAUGUUAAUGUUGAUCGCAGUACGUUAUUAGGAUUGAAUGUUAAGUCAGCGAGAAAGAAAGGAAAGGAUCCGAUUGUUGAAUCAGGAGCAAUCGCGCAAGCAGAUGGAGGCUGCUGUGUGAUGGAUGAAUUUGAAAAAUUAACAACGAAACAAUAUAAUGAUAUAUUUGAUACGAUAGAACAUAACAAUUUGUUUGUACACAGAUCGGGAAUCGAUUGCUCGGUUGCUGUAAAAACUUCAAUUGUUGCUGCGGUUCGUCCUGUCGGCGGCAGAUAUAAUUAUAAGAAAAGUUUUUAUAAAAAUAUUUGUAUUAAUAAGGAACUUUUAUCGAGAUUCGAUAUAAUAUUUAUGUUAUUGGAUCGACCAGAUCCUAAGCUCAAUACUUCAAAGGCGGAACACAUUAUAAAUAAUCGUAUGAGAUUACGGAAUCAACGAGAUGAAGUAAAAGAUGCUGGUGAAACAUCUGUUGUAAAUAAAAAUAGUUUUACACUUGAAGAAAGCCCGGUAUUAAAUCACACAAAUGAGGAAUUGAUACCCAAAGCUUUAUUUAAAAAAUAUAUUUCAUAUGCUAGGCAGAUUAAUACAAAUUUGUCGGAAGCUUCUGCGACGAUAUUGAAAAAUUAUUUCGUCGAAUUUAAGCACAGAAAUUUUUAUAGUGAAUUAUUUGUUUCCAAUCGACUAUUGGAGAGCUUGAUACGUCUGACCCAAGCGCGAGCAAAAUCUGAACUUCGCGAGGAGACCAACGAAAAAGAUGCUCAGGAAGUUAUAAAAAUUCACAAAUUUACAAUGGACUGUUUGAAAAAAGUCAUUUUAGAAUCACGCCCAAAAAUUCGAUAUAAAAAAUCAGCGAGUGAAGAUAUUAGAUUGUACUUCAAAGAAGAAGAUAAACAAACAAUUGUCGUAAAAAAAGAGUUAAUGAUAACUAAUUAAUGAUAACUGAUCAUUUAUUUUUACGAAGAUCAAUUUCUUUUCGUUUACUUAAACUAUUCAAAUAUUUAUUUAUAAUUUUUUUUCAAUUGCGUUUAAAUAAAUAAUAAUAAUAAUAAUUUUUUUUUAAUCUUUUGGUUUUUAUUUAAGUCAAAAUAAUUAUAUAAACCGACGUGUGAUAUUUUAAUAUAAACAGCAUUAAUUUAUAUGAGUAAUAGUAUAGAUAUGUCAUGUUUUCAUAUAUUAUAAAUUGUAAAGUACAUAUUACGCAUAGUUUAAAUGACGCAAUUUGAUAAUUAAAUUGUCACUAUGACACUUUAAGCGAUGAGUAUUAUUUUAAUAUGUUAUUUUAUUAAGUAUUUAGAGUCAAUUAUUUUUAUUACGAUGUCAUUUAAGUCAAAAUAUAAAUACACUGUGAAAAAUUCGGAGUGAUUACGGAUUUUAUUUAAAUCCGCAUUCACUCUGACUCGGAGUUUUGAUAUUGAAAUAAACUCUCCUUCCAACUCGGAGGGAAUUUAACUCCGAGGGGAUUAAAUUAACUAAACAGUCACCCGUUGCGCAUUCUCUCUGGAUUAACUCCGCUAAUUUUUCACAGUGUAACUAUUAAUGGAAAUUACGAAAAUUUUAAUUUAUUUAAAGUUUACCUUGAAAAAUUUCCAAGUUCAAAGUCGGUUAUUAUUUAAACUACUAAAUUUUUGAAAAUUUUACUCGACCCUGGUAUCAGACCUUGAGUUGAUAAUUUUUCUUCCAGCGGAAGUUUGACGGAAGCCUUGAGUUUGAAAGUUUAAUAGCAAAAUUAAAUAAUUUAAGUAUCAUAAGCUGUCAUGUAUAUGUUAGAACAGUGAAACCUGAUAAAGUUAAUUUUUAUUAAUUUACCAGCAGCCCUGAAAAUUAAUAAUAAAAAAUUUUCUUCUCAAAUUAAAUUACCAUAAAUUUAAAUUACGCCAUAAUUAAAUUUUCUGUUAUAAAAUCUCACUGCUGUCAUUUUUAAUUAAUUAAAAAUAAUAAAUUUAAAAUUUAUGUUAAAAAUCACGGGUCAAUUUUCUGACUUACCGUCUAAUUAAUAAAAUUGAUUAAUCAGUUUUUCAAAUAAUUAAUAAUUAACGAGCAACCCACAGUCACUACGUGACUGCCCGAGUAUCACUACCAAAUUUAAUAAAUUUGAUUUGCUCCUUUAUUAAGGUCUUAACAACUCACUUUCAGAUGUUUUCAUUAAUUUGCAAACCAAUCGAUUUAAAAAAUCUGUGUUAAUUAUAGGAUUUAAAAAAACCUACACGAUCAAAUUUUUUUUGUAAGUCGUCGAUACAUUUUGAUUUCUAAAAUAUAUCAACUACGAUAAAAAAUACAAAAAACUGAAAUACGAAAAAUUUCGUGAGUUUACCAAAAGGCUGUUGUCUUUUAUUGAUACAAAAAAAAUCCAGCAUCUAAUCUCAGAGUUUUUAAAAAUUUUAAUGCCCGUAAUUUUAUAAAAUCAUUAAUUAUUAUCAUAGAUACAUAGCAUGGACUACAUUCUUCUUCUUUUCUCUUAAUAAUAUAAAUAUUAGAUGUAUAUUCGGUGUCACACUUA